GAUAAUAUGUAAAUAUCAGCCCCAAGCCCCCAAGCCCCCUAAAUGGUUUGAUAAUACGAAGAGACUAGCUUAUCUUUGAGGCUGAACUGAUCAAUCUUGCAUCCACGCAAUUUUUGUGGAUUUUGGAAGCGGUUUUAAUCCGGUUAUUCUCUGUGGAUUGCCAUAGAAAUCGGAGCUCGAACCUAGUCAAGGUCUUGUAGAUGAACAGAUUAUCCAUUCUGUAAGUAUUUGCUAUCUGCACGCUAUGUGUUCGACGAAAUGCCUACAACAAAGGUUGCUUUUAACUUCAUACCAGCACACAAUCCUGCACCUUAAUUUUUUCUUUAAAUCUUGUAUUCGUAUAAUACAUAUCAACUGAACACAUUUGUACUGGUAAUUUGUCAUCGGAUAUCAAUACUUGAUCUUAACCCGAACCUGUAGCUCUUCAGCUUUGCAAGAGUUAAGAGUUUUUGUGGGACUGUUUUCGCCACUUGGACCCGUGAUACACCGGUCGCAAGUUAGGAAUAAAAGGGAUUCUUUAACCUCUAUGUAAGUUUUAGUCUGUUUAUAUUGUGGUGAAGAGAAUUAGGAAAUGGCUAUGUAUAUGAUGAGCGCGGUCAACAUAAAGAACAACCAAGUUCCUAAUAUGGGUACUAAAACUAGAGGAUCCAAAUACGCUGGUCAAUCCAUAAAACCACUCCCAAUCCACAUCCUAACAGUUGGUAAGACCAGAUCACCAGGAGUUCAAUUGAUAGUCAAGGACUAUAUAGACAAGCUCAAACCUUACUGCCCGGUGCAUGACCUUCGCAUCAAAUCGAACCCCAAGAAUUCAACUGAACCAAGGGUCCAGAUUGAAAACGAAGAGACGGGUUUCAUGAAUUUUAUUAAGUCAGAUGAUUGGGUGGUGAUGUUGGAUGAGAAUGGGAAGGACUUGAGGUCAGAAGAAAUGGCGGAUAUGAUCGGGGAUGCUGGAAACAAAGCAAGUGGUUCGAGAUUGGUGUUUUGCAUUGGAGGAGCUUACGGGCAUGGAUUGAAACUAAGGGAGAGAGCCAAUGUGAAGGUUAAGUUGUCGUCGUUGGUACUUAAUCAUGAGAUUGCAUUGGUUGUGCUUGUUGAGCAACUUUAUAGAGCUUGGACUAUUCUCAAAGGUCAAAAAUACCAUCACUAGAUGCGCAUCUUGGUUCAGAUCUUUUACUUUUGAACAUUCAUUAAUAAUGUAGAUAUCCCAUCUUGAAUG